CGAAUCGAAGAGGUUUCAUGUCUUCGUGUCGAACCGCGUCCAGCAGAUUCGACAGGCGACGCGCCCCACUCAGUGGCGACACGUAGCGUCCGAAGAUAACCCAGCUGACAUCGCAUCGAGAGGAGCAGCUCUGAACGAGCUGAAGACCAACGGUCUGUGGUGGAACGGACCUGCGUUCCUUCUGCAGCGCGGAGGUCUUCCCGGACAGGUCACAAAGGCAGAAGUGGCAUCGGAUGACCCUGAAGUGAAGGCAGCAAGUGUGCUCAAGAUUGAAGUCCGAGGAGUCCCAGAGCAGGAUGGUCAAAACCAGUCUCUGGCCAAACGACUGGACUACUUUUCCAGCUGGUCUCGAGCCAAACGAGCUGUCGCCGUGGUACGGCGCUUCUGCCAGAUAGUGCGCCAGCGCGCAAGAAGCUGUGACCGAGAUACAGCACAACAUGAGGAGGGCGCGCUGGGACAGCCGCGCGGAGUGGCGACCAGCGUAGAAGAGCUGAACAAAGCUGAAAGGGUAAUUCUGAAGUCUGUUCAAGCUGACAGUUUCAGCGAAGAGCUUCAGAGACGGAACUUGGCCCUUCAAUCAACAGACGAAAGAAGUGGACGGAUCAAGCGGUGCGUCAAGAAGACGAGCUCGUUGUUCCGACUGGACCCGUUCAUCGACAACGACGGUCUGCUGCGAGUUGGGGGUCGACUCCGGAGAGCAGAUGUGCCUUUCGAAGUGGCUCAUCCGGUGAUAUUGCCCAAUCGCUCACAUGUGACAGACCUUGUUGUGCGUCAUGUGCAUGACCAGAUGGAGCACUGCGGACGAGAGACAACUCUGAGUGAAGUGAGACAGCGAGGAUACUGGAUAGUACGAGGAAGUCUCGGUGUCUGCGGUGUCUCGAUGCAUCCUGAAGUGUGUGAAAUGCAUCCGUCUGAGAGGAACGCCGUCUGUACAAAAGAUGUCGGAUCUCCCUGCAGAACGUGUGGAAGGUGCCGAGCCGUUCACGUUCACGGGAGUGGACUAUUUCGGCCCUUUCUAUAUCCGGGAAAAGAGAAGCGAUGUGAAGCGAUGGGGCGUGAUGUUCACGUGCCUGAGCUCCCGAGGUGUCCACUUGGAGACAGCAAACUCACUAUCGGCUGACUCGUUCUUGAACGCAUACCGGCGCUUCGUGGGGCGGAGAGGCCCGGUACGCCGCUUGUUUUGCGAUCAAGGAACCAACUUCAUGGGCGGCAAGAGCCUUCUGGAAGCCGCCCUGAAGGAGACUGACCACAAGAAGAUCCAGGAUGAGCUCCUGAAGGAUGACUGCGACCUCGUUGAGUUCCACGCCAAUGUCCCUCACGCCAGUCAUAUGGGAGGCGUUUGGGAGCGACCGAUUCGGACAGCACGGGCGGUGUUCAGCAGCAUCCUGGCCUCGCACGGCCACAGCCUGGACGACGAACUGCUGCGCACAGUGAUGGUCGAGACAGAAGCCAUCAUCAACGGCCAGCCACUUACUUACACUAGUAUGUCCGAUACUAACACGGUCGAACCCCUGACUCCUCAGCAGCUACUAACCUUAAAGUCGAAAGUAGUGUGCUCUCUUCCGGGACGAUUCGUCAAGGAGGACCUGUACGCGAGACAUCGCUGGAGGCGCGUGCAGUUCCUGGCGAACCUCUUCUGGACACGCUGGAGGAGAGAGUUCCUGCCUUCUCUGCAGGAGCGGAGACGGUGGCAGGCAACUGAACCCAACGUCCGAGACGGUGACGUCGUGAUCGUCGUGGACGAUGCUGCCCCAAGGGGGCGGUGGCCGAUGGGACGCGCUGUGCGCGUGUAUCCGAGUGACGACGAACUCGUGCGUAAGGUGCGCGUGAAGAUCGGGCGGUCGGAGUAUGACCGACCGAUCCACCGCCUCAUACUGCUCUUGAGAACUGACGAGUAGGGCAGUGAGGGACUGCAGUGCAUGAGCGAGCCGCGACCGAUGGUGGGCGCGUAGUGAAGGCUGACUGCCCGGUGGCUAGCUAGGUGAGCUGGCGCCAUGGCUGAACGGCGUGACUUUUGCUCACUUGCGUACUUUGUGAAUUUCGUGGCCGAGACACGUAGUGGCGGGUAAGGCAGUGUACUGCGCUGCGGUGCCGCUGGCCGAUUGUGUUUAUUGUUGCACGUUCGAGGUCCAAAUGGCUAGACGGGCUAGACUCUAGAUCGUGCAGUUCGGAGCGUGUUACCACUCUGCGGUUCGGGUGACUGAGUGGAAUCGCUGUCGGGAGAACUGAGGUCUUUAUUCCCGUCAAGGGAGCCUUUUGUGUUGAUGUAUCGCCUUUGCGCGGGACGCGCGCGAGAAGGUUUGAUUUUUUUUUGGCAAAAAAAUGGGGAGCCAUGUUACCGCCAAAGCUCUGUCGGUACUGGGAUGAAUGUUGGUGCCAUGGAAUGAGGCGCAUGUUGCAUGAUUGUGAUGAGUGUGACCGUGGCUGCUCGACGCAUGGAUGUGGAUUACUAAUUGCUACUUAUUUUUUCUCCAGCCAUUGAACUGAAGGCAUCGGUGUGACGUCACUCACGUUGAGGUUGGCGCUAUCAUUGGUCUCGCUAUCAUUGGUCUCAUUUGUACUUAUUGGAGACGACUGACGAGCAGACGCGCCUAACAGCUGAUUGGAGCACGACCCCAUUAUACCCGGACGAAUUUUUACGGUCAUUGGUCAUCAGUAUUGACCAUCUCCACAUCGAGGCUGCAAUAAACCUUUUAGUUCGA